UCUACAUAACUUUACAAACUUCAGCUUUCUCUAUGUAGUACAGAAUAAUAAAGAUAAGAUGUUUAUUACUCGUUUCAUUCACCUCAUUAUUCCGUCUGCACGUUAUUGCUUUGAAACCAAUUGCAGUAGAACAUGCGUUCGAUAAUAAUGCCACAAAUCGCGAUUUACGAUGACGAUAAGUAACAUCGUGUAAAUGCAUAAUGCCUACAUCCUCGAUAAAAUGUUCAAGACGAAUGCUUGCCACUCGAUUCUUCACGAAGAUUGUAUAAAUCUACUCGUUGGUUAGGUUAUCAUAUACGCGAGAUGCUGUGACCUGUUGAUCUAGCACAGUGUUCAAACUUCGCGUCUUAUACCCAGUAGCACGUGUGAGCAUGUAUGCAAAUUCAGCGGAACGAACAGAUUUAUGAAGUUCACGCGGCAAGUACAUUCACGAGCUCGAAGCUUGGCUAAUCGCUUUAAGCGAUCGAAGGUUUACAGGUUCAACGAGGGUCAAUUAGAUGAUAAACUGACUAUUUCCGACGGAGUGCAGCUCUACGACAGAGAUGCGUAACGCUAGACCAAUGUCAAAGCCGUAAGAUGUGUCACAACCGACUUAAACCGCGUUCUGUAUUUCUGAUCGGGUUCGGGAUCGGUUUCUUCCUCGCCCUGCUGCUGCUUCUAGCACAGAAUUUACAUUAUGCCUACCACAGAACUCCUGGCCAUUCGAGCAGGAACAAUCUCCUCGGCUGGUUCCUAUCCAGUACGAACACCGAGACUCUGUUCCAAACUUGGAAGCAAUCGGAUAACACGACGUACAAUGAAUUGUUGAAAGAUAAGGGACUGAAGUCGAGAGAGCUUGAUCUGGAUUCUUAUCUUUAUGGGCCCAAAAGCGAAACGGAGUUAGAAGCGGAUUGGCUGAAAUCGCAGGUGGAUAUCACAUGCGUAGUUUUUGUAAAGAAGAUCAAACUGGCCAAAGCUAUUCGAGAUACUUGGGGCAAACGUUGCAACAGGAUAUACUUCUUCGGGCGAAAGAAAGACUCGGACGUGCCCGUGAUCAGUUUCGACGUGAAGCUGACCUCCUCUUGGCAGCUGUUGUGCGAAGCCUUCACCUACAUUUGGAGAGAUAAGCCGCGGUUGCAAUGGCUCCUCUUCGUGAAGGACGAAACGCUGGUGAUCCCCGAGAAUCUACGUUAUAUGCUUGCUCCGUUGAAUCAUACUCAAGACUAUUAUCUGGGUCAUGCGGUCGUUUUAUGGGGCCAGGCAUAUAACGUGGCCGACGCAGGAUACGUGAUUAGCGCGCCCGUUCUCCGCAAGCUAAUUAAGAAGUUUGAUAGCUCGGAGAAAUGCUUGGUGGGCGGCAAGUAUUGGAAACAGGAAGACUAUUAUCUCGCAAAGCACUUGGCCUCUAUGGGAAUUCAUCCAUCGGACACUAGGGACCAGUACUUAAGGGGAACAUUCCAUGGGUAUUCAUUGCAAUCGCUGUUAUGGGGUGUCGUCAAGACCGGCGUCUAUUGGAAUCGUGCCUUGUAUCCUAUUGAAAAAGAAUGCUGUUCGUUCACCUCGAUUACCUUUAACGUCGCCGAGCCCGACAAGAUGCGCACGUUCAAUUAUUUAUUGUAUCACUUCCACGUGCUGAACAUGAAAGCUGCUUUCGGAAGGAAACAGGCAGCUAGAAUCGUACCUGAGGAAGAUGUAUGGAAAAUCGCGUUAAAGGAUGAAUUCAACAUCACGUAUUUACAGGACAUUUCCAGCGACGCUUACUAUAAAAUCUGGCACGCGAAGUACUCCGAACCGGAGCAACUGAUUAACAUGAAUUAUCGAUCUAAAGAUAACAAUUAAAUUUAACUAAUAAUAAGAGAAUUCAUCUGUGUAAGGUGCUACUGUAACAGACUGAUCAACUUUUUUACUGUUUUGUAUAUGGCAGCGUAAGAUUACUAAGUACCUCAUAAGUGUUAUAAUAAUUUUUAAUGCAUCACUAAUGUUAGCUGCGUCAGAUAGUUUAAUAAUCGUUACGGUUGUUUGUAUAUUGUUUAUAAACGGGUGAUCACUGUGACUCGAACACUCUUUAUCGGUUUAUUAACAAGCUCCGUUAUCGAUGAAUGUACAGCAGAGAACGGGGGAAUGCCGGUUGAUACUCACUUCCCGUGUUAGUUAAUCGCAACGUUAUCUAGCUAAUUAGGUCCUCAUUAACGCUCGUAAUAACAACGAUAACAAAAUCACGGCUCCAGUCUAGCAAGCGCGAAUACCGGAACAUCUUUCCGUUCUCUGCCCGAAUUGUCUGUCCCUCGUGGGAAUGACCAGACGAUGUUCUCCAAGAUCUGUGAGCGAACCGUUAACAGUACCUGACGAUGUAGACGUACGCUUUUUUCCGUGCACAUUUCUACCAAACAAUUAUUCUGUAAAUUGCUUAUAAAUUGACAGACAAUAAAUUCAACGUUUGUGAAA